AUGUCUGGUAGAACUUUAAUUAUUCUUUGUUUAAUAUUUACUUCUUUGAUCCACUCUGGAUAUUCAAGUAGUUUUAUUUUACCAUGUAGACCUAUUCCUCCAACCGAGCCACCACCUACUUUAAUUACUCAAGUUAGACCAUCAGAUAUCAAAGUUGUUAUGGGAUUAGGUGAUAGUAUAACAGCUGGAUUUGGAAUUUCAUAUCAUAAAAUUGGUGAUUUCGUUGGAGAAUCAAGAGGUGUAUCUUGGUCAAUGGGUGGAGAUCUUCAUGAACCUACUAUUCCAAACUUUUUGAGUCAAGUUGGAGCAACAAUUAAAGGACAAUCACAUGGUACUAUGCUUCCAUUUUUACAUUUUCUACCGAAAUCUAUCAGAUCUUUCUCAAGAGAUUUCACAAUAUGUCAGUUAAAUGCUGCGGUAUCUCAAGCUGAACUUGAAGAUGUUCAAGAACAAAUUCAAUACCUAUCUUUUCAUAUUCCAAGAGUCAGUCCAUCCAUUGAUUUACAAAAUGAUUGGAAAAUAAUCAACUAUUUCAUUGGUGCAAAUGAUCUAUGUGAUGCAUGUGAUCAAAACAGAACAGUUGUUACACCUGCUUAUUGGGAGAAAAACUAUUAUGAAACAUUGGUUAGCAUGAAAAGAAAAUUCCCAAGAUCUAUUGUCAAUGUAUUUCUAUUACCAGAUGUUGCUGAAAUGGGAUAUGUUGGAAUAGGUGAAACGUGUAGAAAACUAAGAGACAUAAUCGGAUUUUGCUCUUGCUCUAGCAGUGACUCUGGAAGACAACUAAUGAGUCAACGUAGAUUACAAUACAAUCAGAUUAUGAUUGAUGCCGCUGCCAAGGCAAAUCAGAUACUUGGUUGUGAAACCUUUGCUGUUGUUGUUCAACCAGUUCUAUCAGAGAGUAAGAUUGAAAGAGAAUAUAUGAGUGAUCUUGAUUGUUUCCAUUUGAAUGAGAAUGGUUCCAAGUUUGUUGCUAUCGGUGCAUGGAAUAAUAUGAUCUCUAAAGUAGGAGAGAAAGCAAACUCAACCAAUAGGAAUGUCAUCCCACUAUGCCCAACAGAGAAUACUUAUUUAGUAUCAUAG